AUGCAUCCCUCGCAGGCUUCGAUUUCCCGGCCUUCGUUCGGGAUUUACGGCCAGCUUGAUGCGGAGAUUGACGGAGACCUGUCGGUUGCCGUUGACCUCGCGUACACCGCGGACCAUGCAAGAGUGUACUUCCCCGCGGAACCGCGAAGCGCUUCCUCUGGCGCGGUCAACACCGGCGGCAGCAAACUCUCUCUUUCCGUUGCGCCAAACUUCAGCACCAGGUCCAAAGUCACCGCACACCUCAUCCCGGAGGUGAAGCUUGCGCUGCACGCGUUCACGUUCAUCAAGGCGGACGUGUACCUCAACGCCGACGCGAGCGCAACGCUCGCCCUGAACUUGACGGCCUCUGGAUCCGCCGGGGUGGAGAUAGUCAAGACGCCGGCUAGCGCAAAGCUAGCCGCUCCCGCCGCGCUUCCAACGAGCGCUAAACCGGGCAGCCUGAAGUCGUUGUCCCGCAGUGUAAACCCGAAGCAGGUGCAGGCCUUGACCAGCAAAGCCCCCGUCGUUACGGUGACUCCCAGCGCCAACCGCUUGCACUCGAGCGCGUCGGGCUCGGGCGUGGCACACGCCAGGCUCGCCAGCGCGAUCCGGGGCAAAGCCCGCGCUGUCACCCCCAUCGCCAAGGCCGAAGGCCAGGUCAGCGGGGGCGUCAAAAUCGGCGCAGCAUUCUCCAUCAACGUCGGCGCCAACGCCAACUUCUUCGGCUUGAUCGACGCGAGCAAGAAAUAUGCCCUCUUCUCGCACGAUUGGACGCUCUACGAGAAGCAGUUCGCCGCCUCGGGAGCGGCGUCGACACCCACAAAGUCGCACCCUCGCCGGACCAUCGAGCCGAUCUCCGAGCGGGCACCGAAAGUGCUGUCGAUGAAUCUCAAGUGCCCCGCGCUGAUGGCCAAGGACCUCACUGGCGGGCUGGAGAAGGUCAUCGAGGGCAUCUUCAGCCCCAAAAAGACCUCGAAGUAA